AUGGAGACUCGGGAGAGGGAUGGCGAGACUAUAGAAGGAGAAGACGCCAGCUUCCUCCAUUACAGCUCACAGAAGCGCCAAUCACACACUCGGAACUACCGCCGGUGGCUAGAGGGCGGCGUCCUCGCUCUCCUCUGCCUCUCGAUCUUCCUCAACAUCCUGACGUACCUGGCCAACAAGAGAAGAGACCUGGACGAUAUCUGUUCGGUGUAUACGUCACAAAGUGCAUCGCCGAUACAACAAGACGUCAAGAUCAAGUACUCGACCGUUCAAUUCGAAGGCUCAUUCUCGCACCCCAAUAGCUCGGCGUUCCGGCUACCACCGGGCAAGGAAGUAGACGACGCCUGGUUCGCGUUGGGGGUCCAGAUCCACCCAGACCACCACUAUGUCGUCCCCGAGCACCUAGCCGAGAAGUUCGGCCUGGAUCCGGGGCUGGCCAAGGUCACGCCAGAGCUCGGAGGUGGCUUCCCCGUCCUGUUCGAGUUCGAGCACCACCUGCACUGCCUGAACCUCCUGCGGCAGAGCAGCUACUGGGCGUAUCGGCACUACAAGGACGAGGGCAAGGGCGUCUUUGGCCACCCCGAGGAAGGCAUCCGGACGCACGUCAACCACUGCACCGACAUCCUGCGGCAGCAGCUCAUGUGCCAGCCCGACACGGGCGUGUUUGGCCAGUACUGGGUGAAGGGAGAGGACGAGCUGUUUGUCGACUUCAACACGAAGCACAAAUGCAAGAACUUUUGGGAGCUCAAGGACUGGGCCGUGAGCCACCAGGUCGACCCCAACAAGUUCCGAGGCCUGGAGGUGAAGCAGAGGCCGGGCGAUGUCGUGCUAGACGACAUCCCAUAG